AUUCAGUUUCGUGCUAACCGCCGUGGAGUUUAUUGCGUGAUUUUCGAGUGGAUUGAAUCUGCGCGUUUUGUUUUGAAGGCAUAGGUAUUUUUUUGAAGUUUCACUUGUUGGAGACAAUCUAGUGCUUGGACGACGAGUGUUGAUUGUGUGUUGUGAUUUUAGUGGCAAUUUUUUUCGACUGAUUUUCAUUUCACUUGCUGUGUUUCGUUCCGGUUUGCUGGAAAAUUUCCUCGUGAGAAAGUUUUGCUUGUGAAUAAUAGUGCGAAUUUACUUACAAAGGAAGAUUUUGUGUUAUCGAUCGUGAAACAUACUUUUGAGGCGCCCGGGACCGUGUUUAUACAGAUUCAAACAACUGUGACCACUUUUCCCCGUUUUUUUUUGCUUGCAUCCAAAUAUUCAAUUUAAAACAGAGCAAAAGUGAGUGUGCAAACCGCUGGUUGCGAAACGGCUAACGUGUGAACGAAAAAAAAAAUCACGAACGCAUAAGUGCGUCGAACAACAACAACAACAGAAACCGAUCGAAGCAAAGAAGAAAAGGGAUCACUUGCGAGUGACAGUAAAGUGGUGACGGCAGCGAUCGCGGUGGUGUACUGCACAAGUGUCGGAAAUAUAACCAUAAUAGCAUUAAAGUUAAACUGAAAUUACCGACCAAUAAUUUCUUGUGGUGGUCAUUCGCGCAAUUGUCGGUGCCUGCGUGUGCGUGCGUGCCUUGUGUUUUUAUUUUGUUUUCGCCUGCACUAUCCAAACUCUGCUGCAAUCCGAGAGAGCAAAAUUGAAGCAAGAAAAAUCAGUGUUCAAUAAAACGAAAAGACAGUGCGAAACGAGGGGAACGAAAGAGCGGUCGGCGGAUAAGCAUUUACGCAAAAGCCCAAGGUGGGUUCCUGGUCCAGGGCGAACGAGUUGUCCCAAAACGGUUAGCCGAAAGAUAGUAGUUGUAUUAAUAAAUACAGAAAAUAAGAUUCGAAACACUCCAGCGGCGCUGAGGUGAAGAAACUCGUGAAAUCGCCGUAGCCAAGAGUGCGGAUUUUUUUUUCGGGCGGUGUUUUGUGCUGUUGCUGUUAAUAUUAUUAUUAUUAUUAUUGCUGGUGAAUGUUGAAAUUUGUGGCUGGUUGUUAUUUUUGACAGCGUGAUUUUUUCCUUCUCUCUCCAUUUCUUGGUCGCCGAGAACGUGUUUUGUGUCGUGGCAUUUCUUUGUGCCAGUACGGGGACGUGUUAAUUUUGCAGUCUGUUUGAGGUGAAUGCUGUCGGCGCGCUGCUGGAACACAGUGCUUACCCUACCCAUCGCAACGUGCAGUUCGUUUUGUUUUAACGACGCUAGAAUAGCCAGCAGAAACGCACCCAGUCCAACCGCAACCGCGCCCGCCCAUCGCAUCGGAGCAGCACUUUGGUCAUCAGUUCUUUCGCCAAUCCUGCUGGGAGGACUCAAAUCAAUCACCCAUUCUCACCGAACGACAGAAACCGCACCACGCCCGGAACGUACUAUCACGAGUACAAUCUGUCGUUAAUCAACUGACCAAUCAUUUUAGGCUACUAGGUGCCUACUGCCGCCCGAAGUCGCACUGAGCUCAAUUCCGGCUGGCCGGAAUACGCCUCGCGUUUAUCCGUGUCGCCAUCAUUGGCAGAGCCCCGCCGCCGGAGUCGUAACUUUUUAAUGAUCCGUGUUUAUCAGCCACCGUUCCGAGUGGCAUCCCGUAUUCUUCGGUUGGCUGAGUGACCGACUGACUGAGUAUCUGACUGCUGCCAACUGCUAUUGCUGCUAACUAGUGCUGAAAUUCCCCGAGCGAAAAACUAUGUGAACACUACGGUAUCAGUAAUCUAACCAUUCCCAAAGAACGCAAAACCUACAUGCCUUAAAGCACCCCGCUGGCAAGAUGAACGGCCUAUCUACCCUGAACCGAUUGCUUGGCAAACGAAACAAAGAUGUUUCCAAAUCCACCUCGAACCUCAGCCGGUCGACGACCAACCUGGACACCUCUAGUCAGUACAAUAAGAUCGUUCCGCUGGCCGCCAUGACCAAUGCCCCGUUCGAGCAAACCUUCCGGAUAACGGUUCUACUGCCGCGGGAUCAGCUGUACGUGGCCCGAAUCGGGGCCAAAACCAGACUCUCCUCCCUAAUGGAGAUGGUCUGCAACGAUAAGCAGCUGGAUGCAACGAAGUACCUUUUCCGUCAUCCGGCAGAUUUUCAUCAAUCGUUCGACCUGGAUCUGACCAUCGGUGAGGUGGGAUUGAACGAAAUUCGGCUAAUGUCGCGAAAAGAAGUAGAAAACUUGCAGAAUAAUGAGUACAGAUUGAGCACGGGUGACAUAUUUAGAAUGCACCAGAAAAACCUUCGAGAAACUUCGGUUUCCUCGUCGGAUUUAAGUCGGACUUCCAAAGUACCGCUGAAAACGACUAGUCCAUACAGUUCAACCAACUCGCUCAACUCAAUGGAUUCCUCUGGGCUGAGUUCCAGUUCGCGGGGAGGUGUUAAUGGCAACGUACAUCAUGCACCGGUAGCACCAGUUCGGAAGAAGCGAGUAGCGCCCCGGCCGCCUAGUCAGAACUCGAUUCCUGAAAAAGCCCCGCUGGAAACAGUCAGAGAUGACCACAUAUUCAAGGAACCGCAGCUACCGCCAUACUCAAAGAAAAACUUUCACGUUUCUUCUCCCAAUCUGUACAGCAAAGAGUUGAAAACGGCGGAUAAUUUGAAUAAUAAUAUCAACAGCCCCAACGAUUACAGUGGUUCCAAUGGCAAUGGUCAUCAUACGGAAACCGUCGAAGAAAUAAAUAAUAUCAUAAACACAAAAACUGCUUACAGUACGCUCAAAAAUCGACCAACCUCGAUGUACAUCAUACGGGAACCACCGGAGACGGAUCUUCACAAACAAAACGGAGACCUUCAGCGAUCGUCGUUGAACGGUACCGGCAAUAGCAUGGCGGACAUGGUGAACCACUCCCGCACCUCGUCCAAUUCUUCCGACGUGAAAGACCCACGUGACUUUCAGGAAGGUCCGCAACAUCAUCCCGAACCCAGGAAGCGGCUCAAUUCGAAUGCAAAGAAGACAAAAGCGCCUGCCCCGCCGCCUCGAGGAGUAUCUCUGGGACCGAAGCUGACGGAACCAAAAAUCGUUCCGACCCCAUCGCCGAGGGCACCGGUUAGGGCGGUGGCAUCUUCCGAUGGUACCCGGGAAUGCGAUACGAUUAUUUCCGAGACGGAUUCUAAUCUUAGUGAGGCCGAUGAGUUACAGCGGAACCGAGAAACCGUUAACAAGCUCAACGCAGUCAACAUUGCCCAUCAACAGGCGAUCACUAACGUGAUCACCUCCCAGCAACAAAACGUAUCGAAAGUGAUGCUCAACGUGGAACAACCGCUUACCACUACCAAACCUGUACUGUCUACUUUUGCCCCUGAAAAAAUAGUUCAUAAACCUUCCAACGGAGCCUCGUCAGUAUCCAUUAAAAUCGGGAAAGAACCACCCGCUACCACGAACGGCCACCAACCAGAGCAGUUGGUCAGUUCCAUACCAUCCACUCCGAUCAUUUCCAAAGUUCACAUCGUUCCCUCCAGUGAACAGGGCGUUUCGGUGGACGAACAGGACGAAUCCGUUGAUCGACGGGUGUCGAAUGGUGACAACAGCUCCGAUGAGGAUAUAAAAAUUUACAAUAUUGAAUCCGGUCAAGAGAUGCGAAUCCCGGAAAAGAAGGAGCUCAUACGUUCGCCGAGUCCACCGACCGAAGAGGAGGAACAGUGGACCUACACACUGCCGGCUCCGCCAAAGUUCGCCGAUUCUUCCAUCAAAUCGGGCGAGUACGACGAAAAGCAACGGUAUUUUGAUCUGCAGUCAACGUAUGUGGAGAACACGACGAUGGUCACCGAUCGGAUGACGAUCGUUUCCGAUGAAACGGAGAAAAUACGACCGGUAAUUCGCGAGAAGGUUCUAAUAGAAGAUAGUUUGGUCUCGUUAGAGCUGGAAAAGUGUUCUUCACCGACGGUGACGCUGACGGGAAGCGAAGAUGAUACCAGUAGCAUCAGUGUGAAUACCGGGGGUGAAUUGCUGAUUACAUCCGACACCGAGGACGGAUAUCGAGGGGGAAGUGAGCUACGCGAAUCAAUGAUUCUGUCACUGGAGAAGCGCAAAGAGCAACUGAAGGAAAGUGAAUUGAAGGAUUUGAAGGAAUCUAUCGAGGGUGGUGGUGGACGUGUUGUGCAGCACCACUCACCGGAAGAGGAGGAAGAGUCUAAUGAGAGUGAUAUGAUGAAAUGUGCCAAAUUGAACGAAGACACGGUGGUCGAUGACUACACGGUGGUGGUUAAUCGGGACAACAGCGGCGGGGUUCAGGGUGCUGAGCAGCCGGUCAAGUCGGCUUCUAAUGAGGAGAAGAUUAGGAAAACCGAAGUUAUCAGUGAAUUGAGUCAGGUUUUGAAAGACGAAAAUAGCCUGAAGGAGGUGCUGAGUGGAAAGAAGGUGGACGAGGAGGAAAUUCCCGGGGCGAAUAGGAAUAAAUUGAGCAAUUUCAAAAUUGCUACCUACAAUGUGGCGGAAGUUAAAGAAAAUGGCAUUGCUGCGCAUCCUGUGCUGAUGGACAAAAGCAAGGAGGAAAAGGAAACGCCCAAUCCCGUACCGUUCAAAUCCGACGACAGCGAGGAGGAGCACGUAGUCGUACGGCGCAAAAUUUCCGCCGACUCGUUACACCGCAGCAAACUGAGCAGCGAUGAGGACGAUCCCGCCAUUCGUGGGACAAACGGAACUGGUUUCAACAACAGCAACAAAAAAGAUCCCGGUCCGGUCAAGCGGCGCAGCCUAACCGUCCUGAACAAUUCGCCCAGAAACAUCAACCGGUCGGAUUCGUUCCACUCGACCCGCUCGGACUACAUUCAAUCGCUGCACAGUGCCAACGGGUUGCAGCUUACACCGCGCAGCACAUCGUACAUUUCGCUGAUUGGAGCACAAAAGUUCGAGAAUCGUUUCGCGGCAACAAACCGUCGGAAGUCGACGAGCGAGAUGAGCAUCUGCGAUUCGCCGUCGCUGCAAAGUUUGGAGGUGAUCAAAAAUAUUUUGAACACUUCGAGGAGUAAUUUGGCAGCCGUGGAGAAGCAAUCGGAGCUGCAAGAGGCACAGGAGAUUGUGCCGAUGGCGGCCAUCAAGCGGAACAGUUUCACCGACAUCUCCACACUAGUGCAGUACAAAAGCGAAACUGCACGAGCAAACUCAACCCGCAGGGAAAGUUUGGUGGAGAAACGAAUUGAUGAACUGCAGGAUAAGCAUCUGGUUGAAUACGAGGAAGAGUUGAAACCGGUCGGAAACCCGGAGCCACCGAAGGUGUCCAAGAUGGAUGAAGUAAAGAAUACGAAAGUUUCAGAAAGAGAAAAUGUGGUUAGUGAUCGAGUAGUUGAUGUUUCCAAUGAGUCGAAAAGUGACGAUGAGAAAUUACAAAACAAACAACUCUCGGCAUCAAUUGCAAAACAGCCACAGACAACGGUUGUGAAUAUUACCACUACAAGCACGACAGUUGCUAGUACAGGUGUUAGCGUGACCGUGAACGCACCCAGUAACGAAAAUAACACGUCUAAGGGAUGGAAAUAUCAAGGUCCACCAACAUUCAACUUUACCACGUGGAGCGAACGUCCGAAAAUCGACGUUUCCAUCAAAUCUGACCGGGACUAUCGGUUCGGAGGAAGUUCAACUCUUCCAAGGGGCUAUAAAAAUGUAAAUAAUACCACCAAAAUUAGCCUAAAUGCUACACCCGAGCUAUCCGUGGAAAAGGAAAACGGGAUCGACCGUUCAGAUUCUCAUGAACAAGUGCCAUUAAAUACCGCCGAUGCUCAAAGCAACACUCAGUCGCAGGAAACUAACCGGACCGAACCGGCAUCGCCUCCCAGCUCCGAUCGACUCCCGAUUGUACGAGCCGUCGAGUACAAGAAAAACGUUGUACCCCCUCCGAUCGCUCAAAAACCCAUUGACAAGCCUUAUUUUUACGAGACUUUCUCGAGAACACAAGCCGUUCCGAGUGGCACAGCAACAAUCAACCGAUUAACACUCGGCCACAACAAAAUGCAACCGGUAGUGCGCGGUUUCAAAUCAAUGGAUGAGAAAGAACGAUCACAACGACCGGUAUCAAUGAUCGAAUCAACGAACAUCUCCACAGCCUUUUUAAAAUCCGCUCCAGCACGAGUUGAGAAAUUACCACAGCCGACAACCACCACACUACCUUUUGGGCAAAACACGCUUCGUCGGACGGGCCUCAAGGAUAGAAUUCUAGCUCAAGCAGCUUCCGAACCUUCAAAGCCCAACUUAAAUGAAAACUCGAUCAAAGAACCCACGGUAACUGCGGUGAAAACUACUCCGCUAGCAGUUGUACCACCGCCUCCACCGGUAGCUCCAAAAGUAAGCACCCCUGUUGUGCGGGGUGCCAUCGUUAAGAAACAACUGGUGCCGCAGGAGGUGGACUCGCGAUCCGCCUUGUUGGAUGCAAUUCGGAGCUUCAGCAAAGACAAGCUGCGCAGUAAUGAUUCCACGACCAACCAGUCGCCGCAGUAAGCUUAGACUAACCCUUUUCUUUCGCAUACUGCUUACUGUUCGUUACAGUCCAAUAUUUUUCUAGCUUCGCUCAUGGACAGCUGUGCUCCCGGAGGUGAAGCUAGAGUGUUGUAGUUAGUCGUUAUUAAUUUAUUACUUUGUUAUUUUCCUCUACUGUCCCUUACUAUCCUGUUGUAUCCGCAAUCUGUUGCGCAAAUGUUCCAUUUUAAACGAUACGUUUCCAUUGUCUAAUAAAGCUUGAUGUUUUAAAAGCAGAUCGGUUCGAGAACCGAGCACUCUUCGUGCAAGUUACACCAUA